AUGUCUUCUCGAUACGCUCAGACUCCUCAAACUCACCCCAUCUCCAUCUCGACUGCUGGAACUAGGAACAGGUACUUUGUAGACGACUACCGUCCCCGACCAUCGACCCAACCUCGCGCUCCCGCUGAACCAAUGGACUCGGACUCGGGAGAUAGUCGACAAAACCGGUUCUGUCGUCUCACCCAAGCCGAGCGUUCUCACCACGCGAAUGAAGGUCGUCGUGGACCUGGGACUUUGAAUCCCGGUUUACCUUCCGAGAGUCAAGCGCAAUUUGAGGAACCUGUUAGACCGCCGACGAGGAUCCCAGCUCAUCGUGACCCAACUCUCCACGCAUCCAGACCCGCCCCUCAACCACCUAGACGACCGUCUAGAGACGGAGUCUCAUCAUUGGGGAUGGAAGGCGUAUGUGAGUUGGGAGUUGAGAUGCCCCCGGUAGAGGUGCGGAGGUAUUUGAGGCGUGUCUCGAGGAGCAGGACUCGGAGGAGUGUGUCCCCGGAUUCUGACGAUUCGGAUGGCUCGGAUGAUUCGGGUGAUUCGGAUUGUACUGUCCGUCAGAGUAAUGUAAGCUCUAGGAGGCGAAAGACUCGGAGGAAAACUAGGAGUGGAGGUGCCAGAGAUAGUGGGAAGGAGGGUGUGGGAGGAUGGGAGAGUGAGGAUUUGGUUUCGGAUGAGGAGUUUGUUAGGAGGGUGUCGAGGUUGGAGCUUUGA